AUGAACCGAGGUCGUUUCCCCCCUCUCUUGUACCUCCAUUUCAUCUCACUCUCCCAUGCCAAAAAUCAGUUCUCCGGCCAAUCGGUCCCUUCCCUCGCCAUCGCCGCCAUGCCCAUCCUCCGUCAUCUCCACCUGGCCGCAACUUUUUUCCGGCCAGAUCCCUCCCAGUAUGGCACCUGGCAGCACCUAACGAGCUCAUGGGAAACAUCCCCGAAGCUUGGAAACCUCACCGCACUUGGAAACAUCCUUCGUCAUCUCCACCUUGGCGGAAUCCCGUCGGAGAUUGGAAACUUGUCCCAGCUUUUCCGUUUCAACGCUGCGUAUUGCGGACUCUCCGGCGAUAUUCCGGCUGACCUCGGAAGGCUUCAGAAUAUGGACACGCUCUUUCUUCAGGUGAAUGCGCUCUCCAGCUGGGGAACGUGA